UUUUAAAAUAAUUAUACGAAAUCACUGUAGAUGUCAUCAUCAAUGCAAAAGGCGCUUAAUCAUGUAAAGGAAGCUGAAAAAGCAUUAAAGACUAGCCUGUUUAAAUGGACACCUGAUUUUGAUACAGCUGCAAAUGAGUACACAAAAGCAGCAACAAGUUUUAAAUCAGCAUCUUCUAUGGAACAAGCAAAAGAAUGUUAUAUCAAAGCAGCUGAUAUGCAUGAGAAACUGAAUUCAUUAUUUCACAGUGCUAAGCUUCUUGUACAAGCUGCCGGUAUAGCCAAUGAACUCAAACAAUCAAAUAUAACUAUAGAACUAAUGGAAAGAGCAUGUAUUUUGUACCAACAACAUGGUGCUCUUGAUACAGCAGCUUUAACAUUAGUAAAAGCUGGAAAAAUGUGUGAGUCAACACUGCCAAAUAAAGCAGUUGAGUUCUUUAUAAAAGCUUCAGAGCUUUGUGAGAAUGAAGGAAAAUUGAGAGAUGCAUCUGAUUAUAUUAACCAAGCAAUUCGAAUUCAAGUUAAGCAAAAACUUUUUUUUGAGUCAACAAAUUUAAUGAAAAGACGGCUAGAAAUUAUUGAAGCAAUUAAAGAUCCAAGCAUGGCUUAUAGUGUCAUUUUAUGUAUGGUCAUUGUUUUUUUAACUGAGGGCGAUUUUGUUGCAGCUAAUAACUCAUUAAUCGAAGGUUUUAACAUAGAAGGAUUUGGUUUGAGUGAUGAAGCAAAAUAUUCAGAAAAUUUGAUAAAAUCUUUUCAAGAUGGUGAUAAAGAAAUGCUUAAAUUUACUCAGAAUCAAGCAACUGUUACUCAUUUGGAUGUUGAGAUCGCUCGACUUGCAAAGUUGUUAAAAAUACCAGAAGAAAAAAUUUUUGCAGAAAAAAGUUAUGACAGAGAGAUUGAAAAUGUUCACAAUGUUGGAAAGAGUGAGAACAAAAUCCUCAGCAAUGUUGAAGAAAGCCAAGAUAAAAAAUUAACUGAUGUUGAAGAGAGUGAAUUUAAAAACAUACUUAAUGUUAGAGAAAGCAAAGAUGUAAACAUAGAAGAUGUUGGAGAGAGCAAGGAUUUAAAUGUAGAAGAUGUUGGAGAAAGCAAAGAUAAAAACACUGAUGAUAAUUGUUUGGAUUAUGAAGGAGAUUUGUGUUAACUUGAGUAAUAAACAAAAUUAUUCAUCUAAUAAAUUUUAUAUAUACAUUUA